GUCGGCAGUUCAUGGGGCACAGUUGCUACAAAAUGUAUUGUUCGUGAAUUUAGCGAAUCAAUUAAAUUAAAGGUACUUUUUGGUAUUCGUUCACCAUGGACAUAGAUAAAUUGAUAAGCUGUAUCCUGUGUUUGAUGGUAUGCGGUGGUCCAACAUUGAUAGAUUCACAACCGCACUGGCUAAGAUCUCGGAUUAGAGGCCCAGUACUUUAUGGACGACCGGGCCUGUAUGGAAGAUAUCUUGAACCCGGCUUCUAUCCAGAUCUGGAUUUGUAUGGAUCUGCAAUUGUAAGAGAUCCCCUGCUCACAGAUCGUCAUGUGGUACCAGUACAUCCGGUAUCAGCUAUAGCUGGUAGACCAAAUUUUGUGAGCGACAGAUCUAGCGCUGAAAGUAGAACAAUAAAUAUAGUGAAUAACAACAAUAAUAUAAAGGAUCAAAGCAACAGUGGAAAUGUGCAGGUAAACCAAGUAUCAUCAGAUUCCAGCAGAAGCAGGUCUGGAAGUGGACGAUGCGCAGUGGUUUGUGAUGGACCUUAUGAAUGUCCGUCGCCCUAUCAGAGUUGUGUUUAUGAUCCUUCUUGCGGGUCCAGGGUCUGUCACAUUGGAAUUAUGAUAUAACUGAUUGAUUUAAAUCCUUCUUUUGCGGACGGAUAUUGACUGUGCAACAUGACUGGAUAUAUAAAACAGUCUAGAGAUAACAUUUGAAAAAUAAAGAUGUUGAAGUCUAAUACUCAGAGAAUAUUGGGUGCCGUGACGCUCGAAUUCUGAUGAACGGUUAUUAUACCAAUGAAAAGAUUACAUGUAAAUUAUCAACAUUGUAGUAAUUUGAUUCCUUCUGACGAAGAAAUAUUAGAUUUUCAGUCACAUGAAUUAUCAUAUAACUAUAUUGUUUCUUUUUCAAUGUAAAGUAUUAUUUCAACAAUGAUUCUAAGGUCUUAAAGGCAUUGUACCAACGAAUGUGUCCGACAAAUUAUGACUUUAGCACCCACAGCCAACAACCUUUUUACUGAAAAGAAGAAGUAUAUACAUGUUCUUAAAGGGUUGGGGGUUGGGGAGCAGUGUAAGAUUCUUUCGUUGGUUGUAGAUAUAGAUGGCUCGAGAGCUGCAUAUUCUCAUCUGCACCUACAGCCAGUGACAGAAUAUUUUUCUUGCAUACCAUAUUUUAGAAAUAACAGUAACGAAUAACUGUCUUCUGACAGCAGCGUAUUUAAUUAAACAAAGUGCGGGAAAUCAACAUCCGGAAACAGGAAAGCGUCUUGACGUUUCAAUGGCAUAUAAUGUAUAGUUCCGGUUUUGUCACUUGCAGCAUAAUGUUAUCUACAAAAUAAAGUAUGAUUUUUUAAUCGAGAAAUAUUCUACAAGAAACAAAGAGGACAUAUCAAGAUAUUUGACUUUUACUCCAUUUUAUGAAAUAAAAUAUACAUUACUGCAUAGAUCUCCUA